GAGCCGCGGCGGUAUCGGGGAACGGGCGGCGGGCGGCGAGCGAACUACCGGCGCCCGGGAGGAAGCGGGGGCGGUGGGACCGGGGCCGGCAGCGGGGCCGCGGCCCGGGAGCGGGAUGCGGUGGCGGCCCGGGAAGCCGCUUCGCUGUUUGAGGCCGACGCCAUGCACCCGGCCGUGGCGGUGGGGCUGGUGUUCGGCGGCUGCUGCAGCAACGUGGUGUUCCUGGAGCUGCUGGCCAGGCAGUUUCCAGGAUGUGGGAACAUAGUGACAUUCUCCCAGUUCCUAUUUAUCGCGGUGGAAGGCUUUAUCUUCGAAGCCAACUUUGGGAGGAAGAGGCCAGCCAUACCAAUGAGGUACUAUUUUAUCAUGGUGGCCAUGUUCUUCACUGUCAGUGUGGUGAAUAACUAUGCCCUGAACUUAAAUAUCGCCAUGCCGCUGCACAUGAUCUUCAGAUCAGGCUCUCUCAUAGCAAGCAUGGCUCUAGGUAUCAUCAUUUUGAAGAAAAGAUACAGCGUAUCUAAGUACACAUCCAUAGCCCUGGUGUCCCUGGGGAUAUUUACCUGCACUUUCAUGUCUGCAAAGCAAGUGGCAUCUGACUCCAGCUUAAAUGAAGAGGACGGACUCCAGGUUUUCUUGUGGUGGCUGCUAGGUAUUGCUGCACUCACCUUCGCCCUCCUCAUGUCUGCCAGGAUGGGGAUUUUCCAGGAGACGCUGUACAAGCAGUUUGGGAAGCACUCCAAAGAGGCCCUUUUUUACAAUCAUGCGUUACCGCUUCCUGGCUUUCUCCUCCUUGCCCCAAACAUCUACCACCAUGCAGUCCUCUUCAGCCAGUCCGAGCCAUUCCAGGUCCCAGUGAUUGGGCUGACCCUACCGAUCAUGUGGUUCUACCUCCUCAUGAACGUCAUCACUCAAUACGUCUGCAUCCGAGGCGUCUUCAUCCUCACCACGGAGUGCACAUCCCUCACCGUCACGCUGGUGGUGACUCUGCGCAAGUUUGUCAGCCUCAUCUUCUCCAUCCUUUACUUUCGCAACCCCUUCACGGCCUGGCACUGGCUGGGCACCGCCUUCGUCUUCGUAGGGACUCUCAUGUACACGGAGGUGUGGAACAGCCUCGGGCCCUUCCUGGCCCGCUGGAGGAAGAGGCCGAAGGAGGAGUAACAGCCGGGGACUCUCUGCAGGGACCUUUUUAUUGUUUUAUAGAGCAGAGCAGCAGGGAAUCCCCCAGAGGGGGGUUGUUUUUAUAACACAGGGGAGGUGUUGGCUGUGCCAAGCUUCUGGGAAACGUGGAGCCUCUGCUGGGAACCUACCUGAAAUGGAUCAUGGAGAGACGAUACGGUUAUUUUUGCAAGGUUGCAUUUUUUUUAUGCAACCCCUUUAGCUUCCAACCUCUCCCCCUGGUUUUUUUUUGUUUGAAUAACCCUUUUUAAGUAAUGUAAAAGCUGACCAGUUCUCUGUUAGGAGCCCAGCCUUGUUGUGGUGCUGUUGUCCACUCCUCCUGGCUUUGAUGAGCUGGACCCUGAGCAUGUUUGGUGCCGUCCUUUAGUGUCCAGGUGGCCGUAGCGUAUGGCUGAGCCCCGGGGACCUGCUGUUUGUGCAGCAGGUUGUUAGUUACACUGGAAAUGCCAGGCCUGGCUGUUAACCUGAGUCCUUGUUGCCUGGUCCUACCACCUGUGCUGGGAGAGUGUCAGAUAGAUACACCUAUAGCUAGAGCCUUCCAGUCUGCCCAGUAGAUUCUCCACUGGGGAAUGGCUCAGGGGACUGAUUCCCAAGCCACCGAGCCCCCAUCACUAGUAGCACCGCCUAGUUGGGAGCCUGAGGAAACCAAAAAGGAGUGAUGCUAAGGGGACAGAAAGUGCCACUGUGUCACCUUUGCAGCCUUCUCAGGGAGAUGGUGAAGUGCUGUUGAGGCUUCGCUGAGUCAUCGGACGUUGCUCUGGUACUUCAUCAGCUGGAGGGUAUCAUGCGUUCCUCCUGCUUUGGUUAGGUCCUCAGUGCAGGUCACUUUUCAGUCGCUUCCUACUUUUUCCCUCAUCACAAGUGUGUUCAGUGGGCUUUGUUACCAGCAGUCAGCUGCAACGAACUGUGCUGAGCCCCCAACGCUCCUGUGGUCCCCCCAGAUCCAGCCCAACCUCAGGGUUCAAAUGAUGCCAAGAAACUUAAGAAGGGCCAGUACAGCUGAGCUUAUUUCUGCCGCUGGGAGGGGCUGGUUUUACUGUCCCUUCACCCAGUUCUCCUCUUUUCUUUUCUUCUCCCACCCCUUGGGCAUCAGCUUCACUCGUGGCAUUUCUGUGCAUCAUAGCAGCAUCCACCUGGUGCAGGACCGGCGUCCCUUAGUGUUACCCCUCACCUGGGGCAGGAGUGGCCUUCAGGAGCUUUUGAGUGUG